CCGUAACAAAAAUGACCUAGUGCGUGUCAGUUAGGGACGGAGCUGUUAGCAGUAGCAUGUCAACAGAGCUGCCGGGGAAGGUCGACAGUAGGACAGCAUCUUCCCUUAGCAUCUAAUUCACCUGUCUUUCAUUUGUUUUAUUGGACUAAGUCCUCAGUGGAGACGCAGGUAACAGGCAGAAGCCAACGUUUACCUGGUGAUUUUUAGUGGGUAACCCAUCUGGCUAGCUGGUUGGUAAGCUAGCGCCAACUUCGGUUUCUAUCUGCUGUUAAGUUUAGCCGAAAUUGCUAUCUGAAGAUCCUCAGUCAUGGCUGCGCUCAGAGCCUCGUACCACAGGAUUUUGGACAGAAUCGAGCACAUUCUGCCGGCGAAGUUGAGACCUUUGUACAACCACCCUGCAGGUCCAAAAACGGUUUUCUUCUGGGCCCCGAUGUUUAAAUGGGGUCUGGUCAUCGCCGGCCUGGCUGAUAUGACUCGACCAGCAGAGAAACUCAGCACCUCCCAGUCAGGCGUACUGACGGCCACAGGGCUGAUUUGGUCCAGAUAUUCUUUGGUAAUCAUCCCAAAGAACUGGAACCUCUUUGCUGUCAACUUCUUUGUUGGGAGUGCUGGAGCGUCCCAGCUCUACAGGAUUUGGAGAUACCAGCAGGAGCAAAAGGCGAAGGCCAAGGAGGCUGCCGAGUCCUGAGUGUGUUCAUGUCGCCAAUCUUCCACUUGAGUGAAUUGAAAGGGAGGCGGCACAGUGGCCACAAACCUGCCCCUUCUCACAUCAGCUCUGCAUCUCACACAGUCGCCAAGACAUCCAUGCAUAACCAUUAUUUACCACAGAAAGCCUGUGUUUUUCCCUGGUGGAAUUGGCAAGGUUUCAGUUUCCUCAGGGUGUAAAGAGAACAUUUUUAACCGUAGUCAACACCAUGUCAAGAAUGGUGGUCAUCAACGCACAAAUUGUUCUUUUAAGUACUACUUGUUCUACAAAUUGUAUGAUUGUACAUUCUUAAAUUAAUGAAGUCCAUACUUUAUACAAUAUCAUACUCGUCUUGGGAAGUUUUGCGUUUCUCCAUCCGUUUCAGGUUGUAGUAAUCAGUAACCUCACUGCAGUAAUUUCCCAGAGUUACAUCUUGGAUAGUGUUGAAUGGGUUUAAAGAAUGUUUCACAAUGAUUUAAGAAAGGUGGUCACAUUAUUACAUUUGUGUUUUCAUUACUUAUUUAUGGUUUGGUAGCAAUCAUGGAAGCUGUACCUUGAUAAUUAUUAAAUCAUUCUCGAUUACCAUCCAUUUUAAUGGCUUUAACUGUAAAUUAGAGUGAGGAAAUAAAAUUUUCUCUGAUAGUCAAGAGUUAUAGAAAGCUGCUGUUUGUUUUCUUGCUGAUUCUUAUCAUCGGGAAUAUUUACACCAGUGUCUCAUAUUUAAAUGUGCAUUUAUGUUUAGGAUCAACUCUGUCAAGGUACUGGAAGGGCCCACCAGGAAACCAUGGUGGUUGAAGGCUGACACUGAUAUCACAACACUGCUGAUGGAUUCCUCGUUACUAGAAAGCUGUUUUAUAAUUGUGUGUGUGUGUGUGUGUGUAUAAUAUUCAUACAUGUUCCCACUAGAUACAUCCCCUUACUAUACAAGCAAUAAUCGGUGUUAAUCCCAUUGUGUAUUAUAUUCUGAACCCCUGUAUGAACGGCACUUAUAAGGUUUCUCUCUAUGGCUCUGUGGCUAUGUAAUGGCUAUGUAAUGCUAAUAAACUGUUUAACACCUAUGGUUGAUUUAAA